AUGACCUACAACUCUGAUAAUCUAUUAUCUAAAAACAAGAAAGUGCCCCCUAACAAAAUAGACUACGAAUAUAGUGAAUUAAUAUUGUACCAGAACCAAGUGAUGAGAGAAGCAGAUCUCUUAGAAUCUUUGGACCAUAUAGAAACUUACGAAAGGCAAAUCUGCGAUAAACUCAUGAUAGACGAGAUUAAAGGGGAAAUGUUGUUGAAUUUGGGGCGCCUGGAAGAACCGCUGAAUAUAUCGGGAAUGAUUGACCGGAAUGCAGAAUGUUGGAGUUACUACGAGGGCCUGGACAAAAGCUUUGCGCCACGUAAGCGACGGGAUUGUGCAUUUCGCUUCAAGCAUUUUAGGAGUUGGGCUUUGAAAAAACUAUGGUGUGCCAUGCAUUUAGGGAAGCACAGAUAGUCCCUGACUUAUGACCCGAAUUGAACCCAAACUUCUGCGGCUAAGCGAGAUUUUGUCCCGUUUUACGGCCUUUCUCCCCACAGUUAUUAAGUGAAACACCGUGGACGUUAAGUUAGCA